AUGGGCUGCAAGACGCAUGUCGUCAAUUACUGGGCGGUCAAAGAUACUCUGAAAUUCGAGACGGACUACGUCUUCGGUGAUGCCAACCUCGCGCUCUCAGAGGUAGGUACUCUGAGUACAUUCUACCGCGAUGAGGAGCGGGGACCAUCAGCAGUGGGCACCAGACAUGUCCUCUCCUCUACAUCAUCCACCGCAUCGGACUGCUGUAAAGCACUGAAGAUAUUGCGCGAGGUCAAGGAUAGAUUCAAUAUUAAGCUAAGCUUUGAUUUCGAGGAUAUCUGUCCGCCGCGGGAGACGGUCAAAAAGCCAUGGUGGAGCUGGGGUCCGAGUCCAAUGGCUGGGGGAUGCGAUAGCGAAGGCGACUUUCACAACGACCUUCGCUAA